GCUUUGCGAUUGUUGCGCAGCCUCUGUGAGAGCAAGCAGCUGAGCAAGGGAAGCUUGGAAAAUGACCGAAGGAAAGAUAAUAUUUGGCGAUGAAAUUUGGCAUUACCACCAUAAAAGCCACAUUUUUCACCCAGACUUUGUUAUUUUAUCCUUAGAUAACCUGGACCAACAAACUCUGGGUAACAUUUCUUGACAUUGGGUAGUUUGUGAGGCAUUUAAGGCGCUUUCAUUGGCGACGGAAAAGGUGCACCUUUAACCGUUAUUUUUUUUCCAUCAACAAGAAUGUCGCGAAACAACAAAAAUCCUCUCAUCCAGAAAAUAGCAAAGCAAGCAUUUGUGACCUUUAAAGGUUUAAAGUGUUCGGCCAACGGAGAUAGUAAAGUCUUUGCAGAAAAACAGGCCAAACUCAUCUCCUUAGUGACCGCCCUUAGGGCUCCGGAUCUGAGGAUCGCUCCCCCGAAAAACAAAUCGACCUCCGGUACGUCGGAGCCGGAGACCCCGCCGGUCACCUACAUGCAUAUCUGUGAGACGGAUGUGUUCAGCAUAGGGAUAUUCCUGCUCAGAACCGGAGCCUCCAUACCUCUUCACGACCAUCCAGGCAUGAACGGGAUGCUGAAGGUCCUCUAUGGCAAGGUGAGCGUCAGUUGCUUCGACAAACUCGAAAGCGGCCAGACAGUCAGCGCUGCCCUUCCUCGAUUUGAAACUCCCGUGGCUCCAUUCCAAAAUGCAUCUCUGCGACGUUCCGUGCUCCGCUCGGUGGCCGAAUACUCCGAGAACAGCGGACCUUGUCUCUUAACACCUCUACGGGAUAAUCUCCACCAGAUCGAUGCUAUAGACGGACCUGCUGCUUUCCUGGAUAUCCUGGCACCGCCAUACGAUCCGGAUGACGGGCGGGAUUGUCACUAUUACAAAGUUCUAAAAACUGCGGCCGACCCAGAUAUAGCUGUGAUGGAUAACCAGGAGCGGCAGGAAGAGGAGAAGGGAAAAGACAAAGAGAUAUGGCUUUUGGAAAUCCCUCAGCCAGAGGACUUCUGGUGUGGAGGAGAGCCCUACCCGGGUCCUGUGGUUUCUGUGUGAAACCGCCGACCAGUCAAACUACAGCCAUACUAGAAUGUGCUUCGCGACAUGUACUCAGCCACAUUUCUAAAUCCAAUUUCUGCUUCCAUCAACAAGUAGGACAAACAUUUGGGUCAUCGUUACCUGGAGUACUUUUGCUCAAAGCUUCAAUCCCUCCCUUGAAACGAGGGUUAGUAACGUACUCUCCACAGCAAAAUUCGAUGUAAUUCGCUGAAGUAUAACAACUGAUUGUAAAAGUUCUUUACAUAAGGCUUGUACACGUUGUAUAUAUGGAGUUUCCGCUUUGGACCAUAUUGCCUUGUACACAUAAAUGUAAUCUAGAACUCGAUUUUUUUUUCUUUCUCAGAAAUGUCUUGUGAAUCCAAUUUCAAAUCUCUUGGACGAAAUGAGGCGUAAACUACCACUUCAUACAUCAGAGCACAGUAGUUGACUUCCUAUCGCAGAAGAAUAAGCUAAAAAAAAAAGACAUUUUAACUUUAGCUUGAACACUGAGUUUUGGUUCUGUGAAUAGCGUCACGGAAUUCUCUUGUCGACAGCUUAUUCCCAUUGCAAGUUACACGCAUUAGCAAAAUGUUUGGUACAUUCAUUCAAAGAAAUGUAAAAAACAAAAAAGGAUGAUGAGUAUCUUCCAAAAUGCAAAUUGACAAGCCGCAAAGCUACGUGAAAGAGUUAAUGUCAUACAACAGCACUCAAUUAUAUUUUGUUACAGACUUGGCUACUCCAAAACCUUAGUUUUGUUUUCUCAGACAUUCAGAAAUGUAUUUUCUGGUAUGUUUUGUGUUAUUGUCUUGCUGUGUAACUUAAGAGCGCUUGAGUUCGAGGGCAUAAACUGAUGGCUGGUUGUGCACCAGCAGGAUUUUCUGCUACAUAGCAGAAUUAAUUGUUCCAUUCAUUGCAGGAAUUUGUCCGGGUCCUUUAGGAGCAAAGCAGCCCCAGACCACCAUGUUUGAUUGUUUGUAUGAUGUUUUCAGCAAAUUCAGUGGUAUUUUUAACUCUCAUUGUAUUUUUUCUAAAAGUCUUGAGAAAUCUCAAACUUCUCCGCUGUGAGGUUAAAGUCGCUCACCACUUUAUUAUAUUGCUGCCGAAACGGUCAAUAUCAGUGAAAAUGAUAAUAUUUUGUUCACAAGCUUGCUAUAUAGAUUCUCACUUUUAAUUAAUUUCACGAUUGGGCAAUUUAUGUUUAACCUGUGGUAGUACCUGUACUCCACUGUGCCAGUUGGACAAUGACUGUACGGUUAUUGAAUGUAUGUGAAAAAAUAAAACUCACAGACUAUA